AUGGCUGAUCAAAUCGAGAAGGCGUACCAGAAGCAGCAUUUGUUCCAAAACGCCAAAGCCCGCGGUGGCAAGAAGGUUGCGACCAAGGAAAAGCGGUGGUACAAGGAUGUUGGUCUUGGAUUCAAGACCCCUUCGGAGGCUAUCCAAGGCACUUACAUCGACAAGAAGUGCCCCUUCACCGGUGACGUCUCGAUCCGUGGCCGUAUUUUGACUGGCAAGGUCGUUUCAACCAAGAUGACACGGACAAUUGUGAUCCGCAGGGAUUACCUCCACUACAUACCUAAAUACAACCGUUACGAGAAGAGACACAAGAACAUGGCUGUACACGUAUCGCCCGCUUUCCGUGUCGAGGUCGGUGACAUUGUCACUGUCGGGCAAUGCCGGCCACUGUCGAAAACGGUACGAUUCAACGUCCUGCGGGUGUCGAAGAGUAAGGCAUCAGCCAAGGCCUUUGGCAAGUUCUGA